GUCCAUACUUGAAACCAUUCUCAGUCUGGCAUAUCCUUACUAAAAGCUUUUUUUAUUAUUAUCAUUAUUAUAUAUUCAUUAAAUAGAACAUUGAAUUGCUAAUAAAAAUUAUCUGAUUUAAUAAAUACCCCUUGUUUUGCCUGAUAUCUAAAUUUUUCUGACCGCCACGAACACUGCUGUUUUGAAUUAUCUCCGUACCCCUUUAUUCAUUUCUACCUGUGGAUGUCUACCUACGGGCUUCAGAGUACUAUAUCAUGUAAAUGUUAUGAUUGUUCAUAUCUCACAAUAUAAUAAGUUUAAAUGAAAAUUAUAGACUAUUAUAGCGAACGUUGUAGAUUUUCAUUGUUACAACAAACCAUAAUUCAAUAUGAAACCUAGUGGCGUGUAAAAUUUUAAAUGACUGAAUAUUUAAGUAGAGAAUUUAGGCACACAAACAACUAUAUAUUUGGUUUGAAAUAUAAACAGAAAUAUAACUAUGUUGAUUCGAAAUACUUCAUAUCUAAUUACUUUUGUGUAAUAUAAACUAAGCUGUAAUUUUCUUUUUUCUUUUUCUUUUUCGUUACAAUUUAGCAUGUCUAGUCAGUAUACGACAUUUCUAAAUUGUGUUUAUCGCUUGAAAGAAAAAACAACAACAAAAAACACUUAGUUGAUGUCGCAAAUACUCAAACUUUCAAAAAUUAACUGCUUUAUCAUUUUGCUUAAGUAUAUCUUGCCGUCAUCUGUGAUACCCAAAUUGACUGAAUGGGGAAAUAUAGAUAAGAAAUAUGCAGUGCAAACAGAAAAAUGUCAUGCAUAUGACAUGAGAAAUCCUUGCUCGAGAUCAGAUUGCAGGUUGCAUUGCAUUUAUAAUUCUAUAAAUAUACUUUAAUCGAUUUUAUUUAAUUCCAGAUCGAUCAUCUUGCCCAAGGGGAUAGUGUCUUUCUUUAGGUUUAAAUUCAUGUUAAAUUUCUUUAUUCAAAAACUUAACAACCCACUCGACCAUAAUGCCUGCUCAUCAACUAACAUAAAAUGAAAAUAAAUCAAACAUCAUUUUGUUGUAGACCACAGAUUUAUCAUACAAUUUUCCGCGAUUUCAAUGAAAUAAGCGACACAAAUCAAAUUAUAUCUUCGUAGAAUUUCAAGUGAGGCUAACUAAACCUCGGAAUACCACCGAGCAAUCAUCAAAUGUACAAUCCUACUAGAAAAUAUCCAAUUUAUUACAAAUACACAAUUUAUUGUAUCAUUCAAAUAACUACAUGAAAAUUAUUACUUUUUUCAAUCAAGAAUGUAUCGUCUACAUGGGUAUUGGUAAACUGGUGAAAACGAAAUACUUUGCUUGAGUUUGAAUACACUGCAAUGACUAACGAGAAAGAAGAAAAAGAAAAAGAAGCUCUUACCGAGCCCGACCAUGUUCAUGGUCUUCCAGACGAUCGAGAUGAUUUCAGUGAUUUAGAUACAGGCUGGGCGUGGAUGGUAUUGCUAGCAAGUUUUGGAACAUUCUUUCUGAUUGGAAAUUCCAUGUAUGCAGUUGGAAUAAUUCAUUCGUCUUUGUUGGAUAGAUAUGGCGAGAAAGUGACACUGACGUCUUGGGCGGGAGCAUUGCACACUGCACUGAUGUCCUUAGGAGGUCCGCUGUCGACGGUAGUAAUCGACCGGUUUAGUUGCAGGACUGCAAUCACUGCUUCUGGAAUGUUCUUUGUUGUUGGCUACCUAGGAACAGCAUUUGCAGAGACCAUCGAGACGGCAAUAUUUACUUGUGGCAUACUAGCAGGUACGGGUGCCGCGCUUGGCUACACAGCUGCCAUGGUUGCUGUCGGGUUUAACUUCAGGAGGAGACGAAAUUUAGCACUUGGUAUUGCAGUAUCAGGUGUCGGAGCAGGAUUGUUCGUUUUAGCGCCAUUAAUGCAGUUGUCACGUGAAUUUUACGGACCAAUGGGAUUCUUUAUCAUUCUGGCGGCAAUGACGGCUAAUAUAGUAACAUUUGGCCAGUUGUGUUUUCCAAGUAAGUUGGAAUUACAUACGCAAAGGAGAAGAAAACUAGAUUCAUUUCGAUCAACUGACAGUCAGAACUGUUUCACUUCAUUUAAACCAUAUCUAAAUGUUGUCACCAAUAAGGGGAUGGUUUGUUUAUUUUUCUCCAUGUUCUUUUAUUGCCUUGGUACUUAUCUAGUGUAUCUACAUCUACCUACUUUCAUUGUUACAAAGGGUUUUACUGCAGUACAAGCGUCAUUUCUGGUAUCACUAUCUGGAAUAUUAUCUUUAUUUGGUCGCUUGUUGACCGGCAUGGUUGCAAACCUUAAUCGAAUCAACGACACUGUUUUGUAUUCCGGAUCAAUGGGUAUAGUAGGAAUAGCUUCAUUUAUUUAUCCAUUCACGGCGAAUUAUUUCACUGGUCAUGUGAUAUAUACAGUUCUACUUGGACUUUUCUUUGGUAGUUGCUAUGUUUCAAUAACUGCCGUGAGCCUAAAAUUCGUAGAAAUAAGCUAUGUUGCAGCUGCUAUUGGACUUCAGUUCUGCUUUGGAGGUAUUGGUGCUAUCGUCGGACCUGUAUGUGCAGGUAUUGUAGUAGACGCAGGUGGGACAUAUGAACUAUCAUUAAUUGUUGCAGCUGUUUGUAUUGUACUAGGAAUGACGUUUAGUGCGGUCACCAUGUGCUGUAAAGAAACGAAUAACGAUGCGAUAUUACACAUAGAGGAAACAAUAGAAAUUCCAGAGAAACACCCAAAUAACAGUGCAACAUUACAUGAAGAAGACAAGGGAAGCUUCUUAAAACACUGUCAGAAUGGUAGCGGAAUAGAUGUAAAAAUUUCGGAGUAAAUAGUGGAUUUCUUCACAACACUUACACUGCCUGCUCGAUUUUUUUUAUAUAAUAAUUGUAUAAUUUGCGGCUGUAAUUGUUUAUUGAUAAUUAGAAUAUAGUUUACAGUUCA